AUGGGUCAAUCUCAAGAGAAAAGUACAAACACAUUUUCAAACACUGAUUCAAACAAUAAUAUUGAUGAAGUGGAUGAAUUGGAAGAAUUAGAUAAAAUGAUUAAAUUGGACGGCUACACUCGAGACACUCCAACACCAGUAAUGGAUCCAACACUUUCAAAAUUAUUCCUCGGAGCAAGUAAAGGUAAUUUUGAUGAAAUUCUCAAAAUGGAUCACUCAGAAUUGGAGCAAUAUGUGAAUACAACAAACGAUGGGGGUGUUACAUUGUUAUAUCUGGCUUGUGAAAAUGGAAGGGAAGAUGUGAUUAAAUACUUGUUGGCUGUGAAGGGAUUGGAUGUCAAUUUUUUAGGAAAAAAAACAAAAAGAGAUGGUCUUAGUAGUACACCUCUAUUUGUUUCAUGUAAACUUGGGAAAGUAAAUAUUGUAAAGUUAUUGCUUCAAAUGCCAGGAAUUCAGGUAAAUGAGGGCUUAACAUUCAGUUCAGUAUACUUGGACUCGUGUGGUCAUGUUACAACCAGUCCACUCUAUGCUGCAUGUCAAGAAGGUCAUUUGGAAAUUGUAAAAUUAUUAUUGGACACUAAAUCUAUUGAUCCUUAUCGUGGAGAAGUUCAUGAUGCUGAAAAUGCAAUGUCAUGUCUUGGAAUUUCUAUUUACAAUGGAAAAUGGGAAAUUGCUUCCUUAAUACUGAAAAGUAUGACGUGUUGUGGUAGAAAGAAAUCAGUUUUAAUAUUUAAUAGGGAUCCAAUAUCUGAAAUUCUACUUGUAUGCAUGAAAGGAAAUGUUCAAUUUCUGAAAGAUUUAUUGGAAUCUAAAUUGUUUGACCUUGAUCACUGCAUUAUGGCUAGCUUAUUAAUUGAGAAUGGAGCUUCAACAAGUUUGAAAUUUGAAAGAUCAAAAGGAUGUGGAUAUCUAUUGUACAGUUUUUGUGGAAGAACAUUUGAUGAUUUUGUAAAAAUUAAGGAUGGCAAGACUCCAAUUGAACUGGCAAAGGAAUUGAGAUUUGAUAUUGGAUCCUUGAUGGGUGGAAGGUUGAAGAAUAAUUUGGGUAAAUCAUUUGACGCAUUAAAUGAUGUCACUAUUCAAUUUAAAGAGUAA